AUGACCAGACCCCUGGAACAGGCAGUGGCUGCCAUCGUGUGUACAUUCUAGGAGUAUGCCGGGCACUGUGGGGACAAGUACAAGCUCUGCCAGGCAGAGCUCAAGGAACUGCUGCAGAGGGAGAUGCCCACCUGGACCCCGACGGAGUUUCGGGAGUGUGACUACAAUAAAUUCAUGAGUGUUCUGGACACCAACAAGGACUGUGAGGUGGACUUUGCUGAGUACGUGCUCUCACUUGCCUGCCUCUGUCUCUGCUGCCACGAGUACUUCAAGGACUGCCCCCCGGAGCCUCCCUGCUCCUAGUAACCUCUGCUCCAGAGGGGACAGGCCAGCCUGGAGGGCAGGGGUCUGCUGCACCUCUGCCCCUGAGGUGGUCCUGGGCAGGUCACCACACCCCUCCCUGCCUCUUACCUGUAUCCUUUCAAUCUAGAGUCCCCCAGGUUCACCCUGAUAGGUUGACCCAUUUUACAAGGAAGCCCAGAGACGUGAGGGGACCCCCCCAAGGAUGCACAGCUAGGCAGGGGUAGAGAGGCAAUGGUUCCAUCUUGCCCUUUGAAGCCUGCGCCUCCUACCUGUGGCCUGUGGGCCAGGAGAGGAAGAGGUGGGGGUCUGUUUUGAGGAGUGUGGGCACCCAGGAGACCAUGGGUGGGAAAGUGCCUGUUAACUCCUAAUAAAGAACUCGUGUCAGCUG